CAAUGAGUAUGUUUGUUUGGGUUGUUGGAAAUUAAAUGUAAUAUUUAUCUGUUGCGGUGUAUAGUGGAGAGAAUUGUGGAGUUGAAUUAAUUGUGUUAUUACGAUUUUUUUUUAUUGAAGAUGAAUACGCCGGAAAGGUGUAAAAUUUAUUGACUGCUGCAAAGACGUUACUUGUCAUGAAGAACCAUGUAACAGAAGAGGAGAUAACCUUCUUUCUUGGAAUGUAGAACAAGUGACUGCUGCUUCAUCGACUGAUGAAAGACAUAAAGAAGUUGCUCCUGAUGGAACAGUCUGGAUAGAAGCAGUGCCUAAUUCACAAGAGGAGGGCCCCACCAGGGUGAAUGGCUGCAGGAUGUAAUUCCUUGGACCUUAACUGACAUCACUGUACUCCUUGGUUACAUCAUGUCAUCAGUGAGAAGAAUAUUGCAGAGGGAAUUAUUUCAGCCAAGUGAUGAACAGCUUGUGGCUGUAGUUCAUGUUAGUAAACCAAUGAAGAAGAAGAAAAUACACCUUUUAUGCAUUACAGUCUCAAAAGAAAAGCCAUUUUCUGUGACCAUUCACCAGGUUAAAAAGACAGAUAAAAAUGCUUACAAGAAGAAAAGAACCUGGCUUCUUACAGAAAUGAAGUUGUUUGAUGGGAAAAAUGUAUCUGUUGAUACACAUGAAAUGGACAUCCACUUCGACAAAGUGUACAAGUGGGUCGCAGUGAAUGUACAGGAGAGACAAGAAUUCAUAAUGUCAUUAUAUGAAAAUUAUACAAAAUACUUCCCAAAGCAACCACUGCCCUUUCAGAACAUUCCAAGAGACUACAGUCGAGCUCAAAGCAUUCAAGUUCCAAGUGAAGUUAUAGUUACAUCAGGGGGCUAUGCAGAACCAGUGGAAGCAGAGGACUAUUUAGCACUUACAGAUCGUGAGGAAACUGAUUUGGAAGUGUUGAUAUCCCAGUGCCAAUUUGGAAUCAGUAAUGCUGAAGCAUUUACAGAUAUGUUAGCAAAAGACCUCUCUGUUCUGGAUGGUGAGAAUGUGCACAGUGUAUUAGCAUCAGAAAAACAAGUUGAACAACUUAUGGAACAAAUUGAGGCUGCAAUAACAGAAGCAGAACAUGUUGAAGCUAGAUUAAAUUCGUAUGAUGAGGUCCUUUGCCAUAUAAGAGACACAAUGGAAAAAAUGGAGGAAAAGAAUUUAUUAAUAGAAGUUGCAAACCGUAAUAAUCGCAAACUACUGUCAGAGCUGGAACAAGUGAUUACUCAACUUGAUCUGCCUCAUAAGCACCAGUCAUCUUUGGUGGAUGCUGACUUAACAAGUCCUCAGGGCCUGCAGAAUGCAAUAGCAGCAGGCAAGGCUCUGCUGGCAGCAAUGAAUGCAGAAAUUCAUCCGGCCCUUGUCCGCCUCGCUUCUGUUCAAGAACAGAGGAAGAGGUUUGAAAAAUGGAAAGCAAAAUUCUCACAGACAUUGUCAAGACAUUUCAACAAUCUUUUUAUACACCUGGGCAAUGAUAUUGGUCAAACACUGAGUUUUCAUGCAAAUGAAUUGUUAUUGCCAAAACACAAUUCAGUUCAUCGAGAGCUUGAAGUAUAUACAGAAUUAAUGCACUGGUGCAAAGCCAUGGACCGUAAAGCUUAUUUAGCUUUAAGCAAAGUUUAUACAAAUUCCCUUAGCAAAUUGUAUGAAAGAGAUAUUAAACAAUUUUUUGAAGAGGCAAAACAACAGAUAUCUGGAAUGAGGGAACGAAAAGGUAAAGGCAGUGGAUCAAAUCAAGACAUCACAGGGAAGUUGAAACAGCAAGCUCAAAGUUUUGGGCCAGGGAAAACAUCAGCCCCAGUUGGACUCCUUGGAAUGGAACGUGACCAGUGGUGUAUAGAGAUAGAUCAGGCUGAACGCCAGCGGUUUGAUGAAGUACUUGAGAAAGUUUUGGCACAGUUGGAACCUGUUUGUCUUGAAGAGCAAAAUUUUUGCGUCAGCUUCUUUCAGUUGGAUGUGUUGAGCCCAUCUACUAAGAACACCCAGACAACUUUGGAUGGUCUUGGACUGGAUACUAAAAAUGACAUGGAUAGUUCUCCUCAGGUCCCUGGCGCUUUGCCCCUGAAAAAGAUGGAAAAACAGAUAAAUGAAGAAGUUCGACGUAUGAUGGGAGACCUGUUUAACUGUCUUGAACCAGAACUUAUGAACUUCAUCUCAUAUUAUGAAAAAAUUGACAGCUUCUACUGUAUGUAUGUAUUGGUACGUCUAAGUCAGCAUGUGAUGUCAGCCCAAGACACCGGAUCGUUUCUUAGUAUGACUUUUGCAUCAGCUUUGGUUCAAGUGAAAAGAAGCUUUGAUCGUUUUAUGAUGGCACAGUUGAAAUCUAUAGAGGAAGCACGUGUGAACCGUAAAAGCAAAUGUGGGAUUUUGCCAUAUGUAGAUAACUUUGAGGAGUUUGCUCAGACUGCAGAAACUAUUUUCAAGAGUACAGACAGACGUAAUGACUUAGACAAAUGGUAUCUGAAAAUAGUAUCGGCCAUGUUUGAAGCUAUUCCACGUAAUGCUGCAGAGCAUCACAAAACGCCACAAGAGGUUGUUAAAAUGGAAAAUUUUCAUCACCUGCAUGCUCUGCUGUCCCAGUUAAAAAUUGCUGUUUUAGAUGGGUUACGAAAAGAAGCAAAACAGAAGUAUAGUGAAGCUCUGAAAGCAUAUGUUACACAGUAUUUUGGAAGACCUUUGAUAAAAUUAAAUUUAUUUUUUGAUGGAGUUCAAGCUAAAGUUGCUCAAGGUGUUAAAGAAUCGGAGAUAAGUUAUCAGAUGGCUUACAGCAAACAAGAAUUGCGGAAAGUGAUAAAAGAAUACCCAGCACGAGAAGUGAAAAGGGGAAUAGAUAAUCUGUAUCGCAAAGUGGAGAAACAUCUCUGUGAGCAAGAAAAUCUUUUGCAGGUUGUCUGGAGAGCCAUGCAAGAAGAAUUCAUACAGCAGUAUAAGUAUAUAGAAGAACUUAUUCAGCGGUGUUACCCUGGCUCCAUGAUUACACUUGAUUUCACGAUACAGAAUAUUCUUGAAUUUUUUUCAGAAAUAGCUAGGUCACAUUAGUAAAUGUUCCUUCCGAAAAUGAAAAUGUGGAAGCUGUUUGUUUGAAAAAAAAUCACAAAUAGAUAGCUGUACUGUAAGAUCUUGGAAUGACCAAGAUAACACAGGUCUGCAAAAAAAUAUUUUUGGAAAGUUAUUUGAAAUUUGAUAACUGACUUUUAUGUACUUUUCAGUGCUGAUUUCAAAAAUGCAAUCGAUUUUUUCUAUCAUGUCAUGUUUUCUCGGAAAAAAGGAAGUAUUUUUGGGCAUAAUAACAAAAUUUAAGCAAUUUAUCACAUUUUUUCCAACAUUAUAAAAUUUUAUUUUAUUUAUAAAUCAUGUUCUAAACUACGUAUCCAGUACACUUCCAUUUCUCUUGUGGCUAGCAUUGCUGUCUCUGGAUCACGGGCUCCCGGGUUCGAUCCCCUGAUGGGUUGGGGAUUUUCUCUGCCCAGGGACUGGGUGUUUGUGUUGUUCUCAUCAUUUCAUCAUCAUCAACAUUCGUAAGAGAGACUCGAUUCGACUGAGUAAAAAUUGGACUGCGUAAAUAUUGGGACUUUGUACAGGCGCUGAUGACCGCGCAGUUGAGUGCCCCACAAACCAAUCUUUUUAAAUCCAUUUCUCUUUAAGCUCAUAAGUCCUUAUAAUAACA